AUGGGUGAUGAUCUACCGGGGGCUAUCCGAGUCCAUCCUGUCUUCGCCUCUGGCUCCUCUGUGUGUCGACCCCAGCCCACGCAUGAUAAAAUCUUCCACUCUGCUUCAUGCCUGCGUUCUCCUCCUCGUGAGCCUCCUCAUGCUCCAAGUCCUGCUCUUUGCCUCAGCAAUCCUCUUGUUUUGCUCUCGUUCCCUUCCUCUGCUCCUGAAUUUGUGGCUCGAAAAAUCCCUGUAGAACUUUCCAGCGGCGCUCCUAGAGGGUUCGGUUACAUGAUGUCGUCGUCAACUAAACCUACCGACUCCACUGACUCAUCUCAAGACGAGUACGACCUGGCCAACUGGACCGCUCUCCAGGAGGACGACAAUGGCCUUUCCUACAUGGGAACCCAGGUGGUCAAUGCCACCGUCUGCAACAAAGGGAAACAACCAUCUGCUGCUCAGGACACGCGUGCACCACGGUUCAACAGACUGGACCAGCGAGCGUUGAACUUCCACCAUGAAGAGGUGCCCAUCGGUACCUUCAAACAAGACCAUAUCACGGACCCUUUCCAACGCCGACUAGUCUACGCCAAGCUGGACAAGAAUGGAAAACCUUACUAUAUUCUGUCAUCCCUUGGCACCUCCCUCUUGCUAUGGUGCUGGUUAUGUCAACCUCAGUCUUACGGGUCGACCCCGGCGGACUCACCAAAGAAGCGAUACUAUCGCGGGGGCGAUACAGUCUACUAUUGUCUCCAGUGGGUGAGCAUAUCAACGGCCGUAUAUAUGACUCGAUUUCGAAUGAGGUAG